AUGGCUUUGAGGCUGCUGCCGCUGCUGCCGCUGCUGCGCCUGGCCCUCGCCGGUGGAGUUGGCAACGAGCAGCUCUCGGUGGAGGUGGAGGGCAAGAAGCGCCACUUCCGGCGCUUCGUGCCCGAAGGCGGGGCCUGGCAGCUGUGGCUCAUCUUCGGGGGCACGGGGGACACCGCGGAGAGCUUUUUGGAGUACACGGGCCUGGGGACCUUCGCUCCGGAGAAGCGCAUCGCGUACCUCUGCUUUGAGGCGCUGGGGUCGCCGACGCUCUUCAAUGUCUAUCGGCACGCGCACCCAGUGCCAGACAAGCCCCCGGACGUGCGCUUCGUACAGCGGGCCAUCGAGAUGUCAGACGUCAUGAACUUCGUCGACAGGAGGCACGUGCACUGCGCGGGCUACUCCAACGGGGGCCGUUUCUGCGUCACCUUGGCCUCGGAGCUCUCGGACGUCGUGGCCUCCGUGGGCAUCAUCUCGGCGCUGAGGUACCCGAAGCCCAACUAUGCCAUCAGACCCGUACCCAUCCUGGCCAUGCACGGCAAGGCGGACACGGUGAACCCAUGGGACGGACAUGGAAACCCAGAGUACUGGCACAUGUCGGUUCCGGAGGCACUGGCCAAGUGGUGCACCUUCAACGAAUGUGCCUGUGGGCACCCGGAACAACGGCAGCUCUUUCCUGAUGUUCACUCGCUGAGCUACCGUUGCCGCGCCGACGCAGAGCUGGAGCUCAUGAUCUUCGAGCAUGGCGGCCACUCCUGGCCCGGCUGCGCCAAUGACCGCAGCGAGCAGUGGUGCGGCGUGUGCAACCAGGAGGUGGACGCCAACCUGGAGCUCCUGAACUUCUUCGCGCGCCACCCUCUGCCCCUGGCAGCGGCCGCCUCCGCCUCGCGCGGGGAGGGCGGGUCGGCGCUGCUGGCGGCGCUGGGGCCGGGGGCGGGGGGCCCGCGCUGGGCGGCUGUGGCGCCGGACGUGGCCUUCUUUGGAUCUCUGUUCCUCUUGAUUUUGACGCUCUGUGGCCUUUGUCACCUACUGCACUGCCGCCUCUGCGGCUGCCGCUCCAAUGGCCUUUCGCCGCUCGAGCGCUCAGAUUGCCGUGGGCUGGAGGUGGAGGAGAUCCGGGAGCCAACCAUUCAGCGCAUCAAGCUGCCGUUUUUGCAGGGCCGGUCUGUGUCCCGUUGA